AUGUUGUCUAGGUUCGUCUCAAAGGUUGCACCAAGAUGCAACCAAUCGAUCAGAAGUUACUCGACAUCACAGCACUUCAUGACCAACAACACAACUACUUUCCCAUCACAACACUUUGAGAAGUACUUGACAGAGCCACAGACUGUUGAUCCCGAGGGACGUGGAUACUCAUACCUCGUGGUCGGUGGUGCUGCCGCCGGUCUGGCCGCGAUGGCCAAGAACACCGUCGUCUCAGCCCUCUCGACCAUGUCGCCAGGUCAGGACAUUCUUGCCCUGUCCUCGGUCGAGAUCGACCUGUCCAGCAUCCCCGAGGCCACCGCCGUCACCUUGAAGUGGCGUGGAAAGCCCCUGUUCGUGCGUCAUCGUUCGGCCGAGGAGAUUGCCUUGGCCCAGUCGGUCGAUGUCAGCUCCCUCGUCGACAAGGAGGCCGACAACGUUCGUGCCAAGGACCCAGAGUGGGUCAUCCUGAUUGGAGUGUGCACACAUUUGGGUUGUAUCCCCAUUGCCGGUGGUGGUGACUUUGCUGGCUGGUACUGCCCAUGCCACGGCAGUCAUUACGACAAUGCCGGACGUAUCCGUAAGGGUCCCGCUCCACAGAACCUCAUCAUCCCUCCAUACAAGUUCAUUGGUCCACAGCAGAUCAUCGUUGGAGACGAAUAA